AUGACUACCCGUAGCAUGCACGGCAUUUCCAAACCUAAAAAGCCUUUUAGCCUUUCAGUCUCUAUUGAUGACCCGUCCAUCUCACCCUUGCCUCGUAACCCAAAACAAGCCUUAUCCGAUCCCAAUUGGAAGUCCGCUAUGCAGUCUGAAUUUAAUGCACUUAUUAGAAAUAAUUCGUGGGAGUUGGUUCCCCGUCCUUGUGAUGUUAACGUUAUUCGCUGUAUGUGGAUUUUUUGCCAUAAAAAGAAGUCUAAUGGUUUGUUUGAGCGUUAUAAGGCUCGUCUUGUCGGUGAUGGCAGGUCUCAAAUUGCAGGUGUGGAUUGUGAUGGGACUUUCAGCCCCGUGGUGAAACCGGCUACCAUACGGACAGUUCUCAACAAUGUUCUGAAAACCGGACCGGACCGGCUGGUCGAACCGGUUCGACCAGGACCCGGAGGGUUGGCCGGUCCGUUGUAA